AUGUUAGGUCCAGGUGGUGAAUUAGUGGCACCACAGUCUUCUCCCACCAACUCAUCCAUUUCUUCCUCUGAUCUUGACACUCAGUCUACUGGAUCAUUCUUCCAUGACAGAAGUACCUCACUAGGCACUCUCAUGGGGGUCACCUUCCCAACUAUCACCUUCAGAGCUCCACCUCACAACGCAGACUCACCUUCCGCCACUCCCACCGCCGUGGAAACCUCUCGGAGGGCCGUCAAGUCAAAGAGGAACGCGGCGGAUUUCGUGGUUGCCAAGCGCCGGAGGAAGUGGUGGCGAUUUUGCAGUGACGGAGAUUCAAGGUCGGCUUCGCUGGGUGAGUUUCUGGAAGUUGAAAGGCGUUUCGGCGAUGCUGCUUUUUAUGGUGCGGCUGCGGAGUUGGAAGGAUUGGUGGUGGAUUCACCGGAACAGAGAAACAGCGGGAGGGCGUUGUUUGCUGACGGGAGAAUUCUUCCACCGUCUGUUGUUGACGAAAGAUCGUCCACCGCGGGAAGUAUUUGUGGUAGAUUUCCGGUUUCGAUCACCGGGAUCUGUAGCAGUGGUGCUGGAUGA